UGUAUCUCUACAUUUCUGCACUCGAGUAGAGGUAAAACCGGAGCAUCAUGAAGUUAUUCGGCACGUGGUCCGUGCUACUAAUGAUCGGUGCGGCACAAGCGGGAGCGCUUCGUCCCGCUCAGAUCGGUGUUACGGAUGAGAAGUACACAAUAGCUCCCUUAGAAAACCGCGGAGGCUGGGUAAACCCGGAGGAUCUGGCUUCAAUGCCACAGUGCAUCGCUCAGCAAGACCACGCUACAUGGCUGAACGCCAUGACCAGUUGCACCGAGCGGCGGUGCACCCGACACUUCGGUGUGAUCUGUACCCAUCAUCAGUGGCUCACUCAGCUCAGUUGUCUCGGCAUCGAGUUUUCCCCUGAUCUUGUCAGUCAAUACCUCCCGUUUUGCAGUCGAACGGUGUUCGCCAAAUCCCAGCUAUAUCACUGGAUACGCGCUGUCACCGAACGAACAUGGCUGGUCGAAAUUGGCGAUGCCAACGGAUUGCAGACACCGUCUCCGAAUUCUAUGACGAGAGGCUAUACGGCUGUUGGAGUCACCGCCAAAGCGCCAACGUGCCUGGUAGAAUCGGACGUUGCAUUGACCAAAGAGUCGUUCAACCACGUUAUGGCAUCGUGUAGCUUCACGUCUGAUACUCGACACACCGGAAAUGCCGCUCGUCCGUGGGAGUACAUGGAAUCGCAAGGGAGCAUGAUCGCUCUGGACUACGAAACGGCAGGCUAUGACCUCACUCUGCGCAGACUAGCGUACGGCGACUAUUUCGACAAGCGGUGCUUUUGCGAGGUGUUCAGCACAUACAUGAAGACGGAACCUUGUCCAGGGCCCGGGUUGGCCUCCACGAGGGAGCGACUAUGGCUGAACGCUACGUGUGGAGCGGAAUCCCUGCCGGCUGGCUGGACAAACGGACUCCAGACAACAACGUUCGCUUAUAUACCGACGGAAAACUGGCGCUGGCCUAAAUGCGUCGCUGAUGUGCCCAGGAAAGUGAUCGGACUCGUUGAUCAGUGUACAACUGAUGCUUGCGAGCUUGACCACGACGGUUACUGCGACAUCACACGCGCCGUUGAUAGAGCCUGCUUCUGCCGCAACAUAAACUACGACAGCUGCAAAGGGCCAUGUCAUGUUUUCGAGGCUCGAGAGGACUAUGUGAAAUGGCUCCAUGGUCUUUGUGGUGAAGUGGCUGGAUGGCAUGGCCUGCCGAAGCAUUGGCGUCAUCUGGCAGCUCCCACGUCAACUGACAUGAUCCCAUGGCAAUGGAAUAUCACACCCUCUAAGAAGUCUGCUUCGAGCCAUCACCAUUCGAAAAGCCCGAGCUCGUGUGCUACUAUCGACAGCAAGCUUGGAUCCGUCUUUCUGAUCAAUGUAGCCACUCUGGUCGCAGGUCUGUACACUCGGAGCCUCACACAUCAGUACACGUUCCCGAAGUCAUGGGUCGUACCUGGACUGACCAUUGCCGCUCUACACACCUCUGCGAAUCUGAUCAAUGCAGUCCUGGUCCAAGCAACCAUUGGUUACGAAAGCAUUCCCAUCACGCAGCUCACGUUCCUGUGGAGUUCGAUGCCGCGGCUCACCUGGCCAAUAAUCCUGUCCGCAAUUUCUCGUCCCUUCAAAGCGACCACGCUGAACACGAUUGCGUCUUGUAUGUUUGCAGAAGCGAUCUUGCAAGCUCUAUCAGCCUUUCCAAUGAUGCAGACUAUCAACUACGGUCUAGCCCACAACUUCUACAGCCGCGGAAUGGCAAGACUUGAAGCAUCGCCAGCAGCACAAUACAUGUACGCCGGAGCGAUGAUGUGGCUCGUUGUUGUUAUCGUGGCCUCAGUCCUGCUACUGCAAGCUGCACGUCGACUCCUCGCCCGCCCAGAAAUACAGACGAGCUUACCACCAACGCCGACCCUCGCGAGGGAUCUUAUGACUUCAUUCAACCAUCAGUGGUUCGGCUUCGAAGAAAACCUGGCGCGGUAUUGGUUCGACGCGACCUGCGAUCCGGAGCAAAAACCACUGACACGCGACGACCAGCAGCCCGUCGGCUACGGCACGCUACCCAUCAAGCACCGCGCCACCCACACCACCGACACCGAAAUAGCGACUGUGCGACUGACACUCGUCGGGCUUGCUAGCAUGCUCCCGCUUUGGAUCGCGCAGUGGCUGUUCUGGGUCGGCUUUAUCAAUCUCAGCUCGGAAGAAUACUGCCCUCCUAGUCUCGGGCUUCUUACGGCUGUCUGGAUCGCUAGCUCUGUGGGCGUCAGUUUUGUCGCGACAAUGCCGGAUUUUCCAGUGUUUGGCAGGUAGGUGGACUGAGAGUCGAGGUUGCAGUUGAGUGAUAUGCAGCGGCUUCGUCAUCAUUUAUACAAGGACCAAGCGUGGAACAUAAAAUUGUGGCAACAUUACGAUUGAGCGAAAUAAUGGCAGCGAUGAGAUUGUGCG